CUGACCUCAAGUGAUCUGCUGGCCUUGGCUUCCCAAAGUGCUGAGAUUACAGGUGUGGGCUACCACGCCCAGCCUCCCACCCUUUUUGAACCACUUAGAAAGGCAAGAGACCCCUUAGAACUGAGAGCUGCUUAGAACUCCUAUCCCACAUGGGAAUACCUUGAAAAGAGAAGCAUGAAAUGAGGAGGGGUUAACAUUUAGAAACCACCUUGUGUGUGCCUUCUGCAAGGUACACUAGAUGAGGCAGUUUACAUACGUUAUCUUGUACGAUUUUCACAGCAACACUGUGAUGGGGAGUGAUGAUCGUCCUCACUUUAGGGUUAAAAGAAACCGAUGCUCAGACAGAGUGGCUGAUCUGCUCAAGAAAGCAAGACAGCAUUGGAGUUAAAAACUCGGGUCUACCUGACCCGACUGUGGGUUCUUUCCACUAUGUGGCUACUAGUUCUCAGGCCUGGCUGAGCAUGAGAAUCACCUGGGAUCUUUUCAAAACACUGACGUCUGGACUUUUCCCCAGGCUAACCAAAGGAGGCUGUCUGGGGAAGGAACCCGAGUAUCAGUGACCUACCUGUAGGUCACUGUAAUGCACUGCUAGGGCUGAGAGCCACUGGCUAGAGCGUGCUGACAGCAGAGGUUCAAGGGUCUGCUCUCCUGAAGGUGUCCCCAUCCAUGCCUGGUCAAGCUGGAACCUUGCUCACAGGAAGGUGAGCCCCCUUCUCCAUCCUCGCCCCUGUGGGACUGGUGUGUCCGAAGCCAUUGCACUGGACCUGGGCCGAGACCUCUUGCUAUCUUGCAUCAUAGGCUGCCUGUAAAUUGGCAGCUGGCUUGUUUUCUUUUAGGCCCCAGUUGUAGUGACCUUUGACUGUCUGUUUAUUUCAGGGAAAUAAUUCCAUCCUGCGAAAUCAAUUCCCUGGGGGCUACAGAAGUACAUUUGGAGGGACUUCUGUUAGUGGGGUGACCUGAAAUGGCUUCUCAGAAGAGACGACAGCUGCUGUUUUUCUCCCAGCCCCCUUCUCACUUUGCCCCCGACAUUAUUCUCUGAGUCUCAGAUUUUGAAGUUCUCAUUGUGGUGUUUGUAUUUGAACACACCUCUGCAUAAAGUCUGUUUGUUAUUAUUAUACUAAUAAAGAUGAUAAGAACAGCCAGUGUUUUUGGAGCAUAUACUGGAUGUUGGGCACAAUAUUGGGCAUUUUCUGUAUGACAUCUCACAUCACUUUGCCUUUUCUUGGCAAUGAUGAGGGCAAAUCUAAGUCUGAAAUUGGACUUCUUAUCCUUAGCAGAGGGCCAGUUGCAGUGGUGCUGUAAGUUUCUGGUCGUGUUGGAGGCCGUGGUCUGUAGAGACUGCCGUACUGGAAGCGGUAGACUUGGCUGAGAUGAGGGUGGGUAGUUGGCUCAUUGUGUGGACCGGUGUGGGAAGAGCGGAGAGUAGCCCAACAGCCUCUAGUGUUCAGCCUGCCGUGAGCCUCAGUCAACGGAAUGGAGAAUGCUGGUUAAUUGGAUGCUUUGGUUAAGUGGAAAUACUAAUAAGUUAUAAUAGAGUGCUCUAAAUAUGUAUUUUCUCCAGACAAUUGAAGCUCACCCAUUUAAGAGCCAAUCCUCUUAAACAUUGCAGGCAUUUAGGAACUCUUUUUCAUCGGGAUGCACACUUUCUUGCCUUCUUAAAACAAAGCUCUUUGAAGGUAAUUAAAACCUUUUCUUGAUGAGUUUGAGAAAAUUCUCCUCGAUGGUCCUCUGUACUGUGUUUUGGAGUUCUCAUGUCUACUAUUUAUAGUUUGUGUCUGUCAUCUCCCUCAUUAACUUUCAUUCCUCUUUGUGACCUUUUUAAAAAAUAAAAUUCUUCUUUUCCCUUAGCGAAAAUAGUGCAUGCUCAAUACUGAAAACUCACCAGAUACAGAAAAGUUAAAGAUUAAGGGGAAAGUGAGUUGUCAUGUCUUGCUUCUGUCAGUGAGGCUGUGUCUCUCAGCUUUCUAAUUCCAUUUUUUUCCAGCUUCCCUACAGAUUUUCUGUGACUAAGCUUUCCUCGUAAUUGUGUUAGUGGGAAAGCUAUGGGUGACCAUCUGCAGGGGCUCUGUGUGUGGAAUCCAUGGCAUUUCUUUGAGUGGCGUUUCUAAGGGCUUAUUUCCCUUCCCCAAAGUCUUCAGGGCUGAAUAGCACUCCAGGCAUGAAGUUGUGUUUUCUGGGUAACAGGAUGAGCUGCCUUGGGGUAAAUAAGGCUGGUUGGGGUCACUCAGUUAGGAUGUGGCUGAACUGGGUCUCUUGACUCAAGGUCAAGUGCAUUCCCUAUUUUGCUACCUCUUUCUUGUGUUUUACACUACAGGUUAAGGGAUAGUGGUUUUGGCAUAAAGAAGCUAUUGCUAUAUUUGGAUAAUUAAAACCAGGAAAAACCUACCUGUAUCUCAAUCAUCUAUGUUGCUCAGGUGACAGAUUUUUAGAUUUCUUUUUUGAGGCAGUAAGAAGUAGAAUUUAGUCCCCUCGUUAGCAUGCGAGACCCAGUCUCUGUUGGAACAUCAGUCUUAGAUUAAUACUGAGAUGGACUCAGAAACACACUUGAAAGCAACUUGCAUUAUUAUCCUUACAUAGCUUACAUUUUAUGACCUGCUUAAAGAUGCAAGGAGCAUAAAUCUUGGGAAGGACGGUCUUAUUUACUUGUUCGUCUUUUCCACAGAUGGGAUGCUCACAUUAGAGCCGGGCUGGCUUCAGAUGUCUGCUCCAGGAUAUUUUAGCUGAACUGUAUGAGUCCAUUAAACAAAUGUAAAAGUUUUUGGGAAAGAAGAGCAGUGUCUCAAACCAAAUGUUUUACAUGGAGAACAUCUGGGGAAUAUUGGUAUUUGUGUGUACAGUACAUCAGAAAGCAGCUUGGCGGGGUUCCGCAGGGAUGUUUCUGGCCUGUGGUUGCUGGAUUUGACAGUUUUGUUGUAAGGGAAUGGUUCUUAUAAAGUAUUGCCAUCAAAGCAACGCUUGAUCCAGGAAGGAGUGUCCUUGCUUAGCCGCACAUUCAAAUUGUUCUGAUUAGCUCUCCGACCAGACCUUCCAUGACAUUUGAGCAAUCCGCUAUCUGAGCUAGUUUCCCCCCCAAGGCUUUACACUCCAGAGAAAGGAAGCAUCUCAAUGCCAGGGCUAAGAGUGUUUUCUUCCUUAGCACACAUUUCCAUAGAUUUGACAAAUGUGGAAACAGGUGUGGUCCAGUGGAAGCAGCAUUGGCCAUCGGAUCUAAGUACCUGGGUUGAAACUUGGGUGGGGCCUUCAUGACCUGUGGAAACUUGGGGAGUUCUUUUCGAUUUCUGUUUUCCUCUCCUGCAAAAUUUCUAGCCUGUCUUAUGGGGUGGUGGUGGGGGGAAUAAAAGAAAGUGGGAUGACAUCGUAUCUACAAGUGGGAGGUCAUUCAUGCAACAUGGCAUUGCCUCCGUGGAUCUGUGGUCUUAGCCACAAGUACAGAGGCCACUUGGACCAGAGUGGAAUCUGGGUAGAUUGCCCGACUUCAGCAACUUGUAGAUAUUGGGCCAAGUUGGUGGUAGUGGGUGGAUGUGUAAGAAAGGAAUAAUUCUUAUACAAAUUAAGACUUACGAUAGUCAUCGUUUUUGUUAAAAUUAAGCUCAACAAAUAUUUAUUGGAAUUCUACUACUAUAGAGCCAGAUCCUUUCCUAGAUAUUGAGGACACAGAGGGGAACACGGCAGUUCCUGGCUUGCAGUCUCUGCUUGCUAUGUCUGGGGCAUUGACAAUUAAUGACUUUCCCUUUUGUUAAGCUGUCAUUAUGUAGCAUGGACAGUGACAGGUAAAUAUUUUGUAGGUGUGAACAUUUUUUGGCAGAGAAUGCGGCUGCACUUCCUGCACCUUUGUGCAAAGUAGGUCAGUGUUAUCCUUAAUGAAUCCCUCCCCCGAAACGGGACAAAGCUCCACAAUAAUUUAAUAUUGCAUUUUGUGGUGUUUGAGGAAGUUAUUAUAAAAAUGACAUCUACGUGGGUCCUGAAGACUGCAUUUCAACUAGCACCAGUCAAGUGAAAUAGGCCCACUUUAUGGAGGAGAUGACUGAGUGUAAGGCACGCAGUACGAGAAAGCGACAGCAGCGACAAUGCCUUGGCUCUUUCUGGAAACAGGAAAAUCAAUAGCUGAGCAAAGUGAGACUCGGUUUUCUGGUUUGAAUUGAUUCUUAUUUAGGAGUGAGAGAAAGACACAGGGAUAGAAAUGAGGGAGCCAUGCAUGGAAUGACUUCUCAGGAGGCCCCAUCUCUGUGUAUACACAUCAUGUGCCUGUGGGCUCCCAAAAGAACACUUUGCUGGGACGGUUCUUGAAACCUUAGAAAGAGCAUCUCCAGGGCCAGCUCUAGAGUCAUAUGCCUGCCUGUUGGCAUGGGAGAGGGUGAAGUAUCUUGGUCUCUUUCGAAAGGCAUCUGGGAGGUAGGGAUAGUCCCCACAGUGAAGUCAGGGUGUUCCUACCAAAAGGAGGGUGAAUAGGGGCUGGGUGGGGAGGACCCCCUGUGACUACUGGCCUCUCCCAUUGGAUGGUAGGCAACUUGAAGGGUAGGUCUAGGUCAUGUUCUCUAGGACUGGAUCAAUGCCUUAUCCAGAACAGAUUUUCCAAAAUUGCUUGCUGUGGAGUUGACUCAUUCCCACAUCGUUUUAGGGACAUGCCUCCCAGCCCCUCCCAUACAAUUCUGCCUUUUGCCCACCUGGUCCCACAGAAAGCAGCAGGAACACUGAUUGAUAGGUGUGCUUUUGAAGAUGGAAAUGGUUUAAAUAUUAGCUAACAAAAGGACUUCUGGUGGAGACAAGGCAGUGUGGCCUUGAUGGGGCCUUCAUGUCCAGAGGUUCUGAUUCAGUACGUAUUUAUGUAACACCAGAGGGGUUGGGGAUGAUAGUAAUGUGCCAGGCACUGUGCUGAUUGCUUUGUCAGUGUGCUUCAGAGGUUAAGAGUAUGGUCUUUCGGCAUAUGGAGACCCAGAUCUCCUAUUUAUUUAUGUGCCUUAGGGCAUGUUACUUAACUUCCCUCAGACUCAGGUUAUAUUCAUUGAGAAGGCAGAAAUAAUAAUGUUUUUGUAAGAAUUUAACGAGUGAGAGGUUGAGAGGCUUAACAGAAAGGUACUGAGGGCCUGGCACAUAGUGAGGGCUUGAUAACUGGUAGUUAUUAUGAUUGCUAGCUGUGAUUGUGAAUCACCCCCAACCCCUCUGGAGUGGGCACUGUUAUUAUCUCCAUUUGGAAGAUGAGGACGUUCAGGCUCAGUGAUUUUGGGACAAGAAGGGAUUCCACAUUUGAAAGGUGAGCAAGUAAAAGAAGGCUCAGGGGCAGGUGGCUGGGGUUUAGGUUGACCAGAAUGAUCAGAUGCCCCACUAUGGUUUUCUGUUUGUCAAGGGUCCUUCUUAAUACUUGGGUUCCUGCUUUUUUGUAUAUACCAUACAUUAGGUGCAUGCUCGGUACGGGAGAUGCCAUGGUGCAUAAAACAGAAAUGGUUUUCGUGCAAAUGAAGCACGAAAUGAGCAAUGGUGAGCAAGGUUAUAAAAGGGGACCCAUAUCUGCAAAGGGGUCGUUGCAGGGGAUGGGCCAUGCCUGCAGCAGAUGGAUGCAGAGGAGUUGGUCAACUGAAAAUGUUAAUGGCAAGGACAGGGUGUGGAGGAUCCUGGCAGAGAAAAUGGCAGGUGCAUGUCUAGGGGCAUGAGCACACUUCCCAACCCAGGGCACAACUUGGGUCUCUGAGAUGACCACAGACCCCUGCCUCAGCCUCCUUGAGGGUAGGAACUGAUAGUUGAGUACUGGGCGAGGCUCAUCCCCGUGCUGGGAUGGCAGGAAAUGCUCGCUGGGGUCGAGCACACGCCUCUGAGCUCAGCCUGCGGUUUCUUGGGGCUGUGCAUUUGCAAUGAGCAAGAGCAUCCCAGCAGGCAGGCUUGUGGAGCACUAAUGAGGGAGAUGACAAGCCUCCCGACGGAUCUUGCAAUGGGCUGCGGAGCAGGGACCAGCCUGUUAACUCUAGGAAUAAUGGACAAUGAGAGCUUCUCUUGGAAGAAAAAGAUGCUUGUGAGGAGAUAAUGAGAGAGGCCUCAGGGGCUCCUGAGUGCUUUCCAGAGGCUUUGGGGGACAGACAGCAGCCUGCACCGUUGCUCCCACCCUAUCCAAUAGGUCUUAUACAUCCUGAUUGCUCUAAAUCAGUUUUCUAUACAGAAGAGAUUCUGUCUGGAUAAAAAUAACUUCUGCAGAAUCUUCUCUUUCACUUUUUUAUAAAACCAUUCAUGAUUAAAGUAUGAAAUAAGAUAGAAAAUCAUGCCUCUUUUUUGCUUGUUGUAUUUUACCAUAUUAAGAAAUGAAGAAAAGUUUUUUUGGUUCUGCUCACCUGGAUCAGCUGAACUCAACUGACUAAUUUCCUUUCCCUUUGGAAAACUAAUUUUGCUUCUUAGGUCUCUGUGUUCCUAGCUCAUUGUCCCCAAGGUUAGGGAUUCAGUAGUGGCCUGAAGUUAUUUAAAAGCAAUGUUUGCAAUGAAUUAAGAAAUAAUGGGAUGGAAACUUCCCAAGUAUGCGUAUUCAUGGGUGAUAUUAAAUCAGUCUUCAGAAAUUGGAGGAAGGUUUGGAUAGAACUGAACUGAAAACAGCGUCUCUGGAAUAGCUAUGUGAAGACAGACAAUAGUUGGAGGUGAAAUGUACCAUGCUGCAACACAAGUCAUGAUUUGUCAGCACCCUGAAGAGUAUCUGCCACUCCCAUCUGGGUUUAUUAAUGAUGCAACAGUUCUGGGGACUUGGCUGUGACUGGGGCCAGCCUCCCAUGUAAAUGUUGAAUUUUGUUGUGGCAGUUUCAGCCCUGCUGCUCACUGUGGCUUUGUAUUUGGUUAGGAAGGACCCCUUGCUCAGAGUGUUUAUCCCUCCUGGAGUGGGAAUCAGGACUCUCUUGUUGCAAUUCCAGUGCUACCGAUAACUUCAUGAACUGGGGGCCUGUAUGUACUUUAACCUCCCUGGGACUCAGUUUCCCAAUCUGUAACAUGAGGAGAUUUGGCGUAGAACAUUCUAAGUCCUUACAGCUCUAACAUCCACUGAUGAUAACAGUGCUCAUUUUGGCUUCUGCCAUAGGUACUAUUUGCCUUCUCUGCCAUCCAUCAUAUACACAAUCUGCCAUGUUGCUACGGCAACCUUGUGAGGUUGGUACCAUCAUCGUCCUCAUUUGCAGGUGAGGAAACUGAGCCGGUGGCGUAAUCAUCCAAGUCCCUCUGCUUAUAGGAGUCGCCUUGGCUGAGUUGCUGUGACUGACGACGAGCCCAAGGUGCAGAUGCUGGAUUUCUUAGUAGUACUAGCUUGGGUUCUUCUGAGUUUGGAGGUUGAUAAAUAAAAGUUGCAGAACCUUAAGCUUAUCCAAGCCUUGUUAUAAACAGUGUCAGAGUGAUCAGAUGCUACCGGUUGAGGCUGUCCAAGUUGUAAGCAACCUCAGCCCUCUGGCCCAGCCCUUUCCCUCCCUCCCCAGGGUAAUUGUAACCUGGAAGAAAAACAGUUGCACUUUAGAAUUCUGAUUUGGUGUUGCAUUUGGCUUCAGAGACGUGAAAGUCCAAAAAUAAACAGCUGCUUGGCAACUCCAGUCUCAGCUAAACAGCCUGGCAUUUUCAGUCUUUCUUUGAAUCUGAUAUUGCCUGUGUUAGCGUCUCUUGUGUUACCAGAGGCUUUCUCAUGCUCUGGGUUGUAUGUGUAGACUGUGAAGUAACCCAUCCGCACCCAGCUUCCCUGGCCUCACUUCAUCCACAGGCCCACCUUGGGCUGGGACUAGGGAGAUACCCGUUGGAGGCAAACUUUCCAUUUACCAGGGGUGAAUUAAUUCAAGUCACCGAGCCCCCUCAAGGAAGCCUGUGUUUAAUUCCCCUCUGUAUAAAUGGAAGUUUCAUUAAUUUUCAUCAGUCAUCUAGUGUGUAACAUAACUGCUUCCUGUUUAAGCUACAGAAUAAUAGAUAUCAUCAGGGCCACAUUUGCCCUGCUUUAAGGUGACUGCCCUCAAACCUCAGAGUGCAGCAGAAUCACCUGGGAGGUUGUAAAGAAUGCUGAGACCAGGUCUGCCCCCUACCCUGGACACCGCCACCUUCAUUCACUAGCUCUGGGGUGGGCCCAGGAAUCUGCAUUUUAGCAAUGUUUCCCCUUUCCCCCUAACCAGGGGAUCGGAGGCAGGUGAUCUGCUCACCACCCUUGGACAGAUAGUGCUCUGGAGUCUCUGACUGUCCUUUUCAGGCUGAUUUGUGGCUCACUUUUGGCAUGCCCACUCAGCACGAACUUUACAGUGGCCUUUUUGCUAUUUCUUUGGUUCUUGCCUGGUCAGCCACGGUUUGUAUCUUAUGUUUACAUACCUCGACAGGGAGUGUAAAUCUGCCUACUAUUUCUUAGUCAUUAAUUCCACUUCCCUUGUGGCAUCACCGCUUGCAAUAAUGACAUUCUUAGCUCAGUCUUUGAAGGGGAGAGGUGUGGGGGUGAGCCUUAGAGACCAAGGAAUGACUGUCCCUGUAGAUAAAAUUGUCCCAGCCCUCUGAGGCCCUCCUGAGCUGGCCCAGGCCCAGUCAAGCACCAAUCUGCUUUGUUGUUUAUGUUCUGAAAAUAGAAUGCGUUUUUCAUGGCAGGAGAGAAAUCGAUAUCAUCACAGGAAUCCUCAUCUCUUUAAUGGAGAAUUUUGAGAAAUAGAGGUUUGAGAACCAAGUUACAGAGGCUUAAAUUUUCAGAACCUCUGAUAAGAUUGAAGGGCUGAUGGGGGCUAGUGAGGGGAUGCCACUCUUUAAAGGAAAAGCUCCUAGCUACACAUGCCGUGCUCCCUGACUUCAGUGCCUCGCCUCAGAGCCUGCUGAUACAACUCUUGGCUUCCAAUCCAUUUCCUUCUGAAAUACAUUCAUGUAGGACAUGAACCAACAGGCCAAAGAGGAAGGGAAGAAGAGGCCCAUGGGCCCCAGGCAGAGCUGGCUUGGUUCCCAUGGGGCCCAUUGCAUCAUGGCAACUUGCUGGGGGGUUGUUCUGAGUUGGCCAGGCCCCUCCGUAAAGAGCUGGGGGUCAUUUAAUUAGGGGCUUUGUUUGCAAGAUGGGUGACAUCACCGUGGUGACUGUCGUUGGGCAGAGCCUUUCUGAGUGAAAGCCACUUGGCGAUCCUGGGAGCUUUGGACCGGUGUGGCCUCGGUGGGGCCGUGCCUUGCCCCACACUCUGUCCAUCUCCCAGGCAGGAGCAGGAGCCCUUUACCCUAGCUUCCAGCUGGGCUUGGCUGCCCGCUCCUGCUGCAGGUGGCCUUUGGGCUCCUAGGUAAGAAGAGAUCCCCUGUGUUGCCUCUGACUUCGUGCCCUGCAGCUCCUGUGGAACGUGCCUGGGUAUGAGAUCACACCUUGUGAAUGGCAGGGAAGUUGCCAGCUCGUGUUGCUGGGAUUAGGAUGCAAACUUGUUCUCACUAAGCGAUGCUAAUGCCAUAUUUAUGACUGUGUUUCUUCCCUGCUGCUCAGCCCUCCAGUCCCUCCUUUUGGGACCUCACAUAUGACCUUGUAAAACUUCAUCUGCUUGGAGGGGGGUCCAUCUCACUAGGUUUAGGGACCCUUUCUGAUCCUACAGGAGAUUCUGUUCCCUGUGAUGUUUUCUAUUCAUCCCGACUUUAUUCAUAGCCUUAAAAGUCAGCAGCCUCUGGGCUUAAAUUCUAGCUCCACUUUUUUUUUUUUUUUAAACAAACUAUGUAACUUUGGGAAAUAUUUAUCUUUCCUGGCUUCAAUGUUCUCAUCUGCAAAAUGGGAUUGUAGGUAGGCUUAAAUGAGAAAGUCCACUGGCAUGUGGUUAACACCUAAGGAAUACUAGUUAUUGUUAUUAUUAAGAAUAUUGCCAUUGAUUAAAAAAUGUUGAGACAUCAGGGUCAAAGACAAAGCACUAAGACCUGGCUUAGUGUGGUCCCUGGGGCUGGCAUCACCUGGGACCUUGCUGGAAAUGCAGAAUCCCAGGCUGGAUCCCCAGACCUAUGGAUUCAGAAUCUACACUUUUACAAGAUGCACAGGUGACUCCUAUUUGAGAGGCAUUUCAAGAAUACUCCUUGAAGGCCAGCUUAUAUCAAUGAAUGAGCAUGCAGGGAGAUGGUUGCAGAAGGAGGAGGGCAGGGAUUCUCUUGGUUAGAGCCUCGACAACAUACCACCUGCCCAGACUCUCUGCCACGCCCCCAAGGCUGGUCCUACACUACACAGGUAUCCUCUCGAUAAGACACCAGGAUACCCUGGGGCUGGCCAGAUAUUAAUUUUAACCUGCUUUUGCCACUGUGCAAAUGUGGGGAGGGGGAGGAUAUGUGUAGGGGUGGAGGGGAGCUGAGAGACCUAUGAUAUGAUUUGCUGUGGGCUCAUUACCCCUUAAAUAUGGUUUAUAAUCACUGCCAUUCAGUGAAUACUGUGCGCUGGGGCCUUUACUUACCUAGUUUCCACUCCUCACAACAACCCCUAGAAACAGGAUUUUCUAACCCCAUUUUACAGGUGAGGAAACUGUGACCUGGGAAGUUUGGGCUUGCCUGAGGUUACCCAGCCGAUGACAGUCUGAGCAUGUACUCUUCCACUCUGCAUCCCCCAGCCCUUCCUAGGUCACCAAGCUCUGAACACCCACAGCAGCGAAUGUGGGAGAGGAUGCCCAGCAGGCCGCAGAGCAGGUGGUUUUUGGUGAUUAUUCAAAAAAGGAAAAACCUCCAACCCUCAAGAGGAGGCUGUGCCUGUUGCAUGUAAUGGAAUUAUCUGGGCUGAGUUUGCUUCUGAAACAGGCAGGCACUACAGGGCAGGAUUCACAGGUUCUCCACCAAACCUGCUGCUGCAGAAGGUUUAAACAUUAAACCAUUGGGUGGCCUUAUUUAAAAGCAGACCGUUUUAUAAGGCGCACGGUGCUGUCUAGACUUGGGAACAUUUAUGAAUGUGGCUGUACUGUGAGUCGGGCUCAAACACCUGAGUUCCCUCCUCCUUGCAGGCUCUCUGACUUGUGCAGGAACAAAUGGGAUUUUUGGGGGUGAAGGGUGUGUGAUUUCAGACGUUUGGUAAUCUCUUCCUCCUGGGCCCCUUCCUUACCUCUGUGUUUCUUUGUAGAUGUGAGAAUUGAGGAAAACUGGAGAGGAGUUUUCCUCUGCAAUGCCGGGCAUGUCUGUGCAUUUCUUUGGUAGCCCUGGCCAUGAGGGUAAUUAUGUAAUUACUGGUGUGAGUUUUGCUUAUUGCCCGUACCCUCCCCACCCCACCUCCCACCUUGAGGGCUGGAGCAGUCGCGCUGGCUCCCUCCUGUGUAGCCUGGUACAUGGUAGGUUUUCAAAAAGAACAAGUGGAUGAACAGCCAAAUGUCAUAUAGGCUGAAGUGUGAAUAUCUUGAGGCUGACUUUUGAUUUUAAGUAGAAACAUAUUUGUGCCCUGUUCAGCUGAAUGGUCAAAGGAGGCAGUGUGGCAGCGGGUAGAGAAAUGGUCCUGGGAUUGCUUUUUGGGUUCAAGGUGUUCAUCCUCCUGUCUGGUUUGGACUCAGGAGCCCUGCUGAUAAUGGUGUGUGACCAGCUGAUCUGAUCUUCCUGAUUUCAGGUGAGGUUGCAAUGUGAAGACCCAGGAUGGAGAUGCUCUUGUCCUUUAUGUACUUUGGAAACAUGUCCCUAAGACCUCCAGUGACUGUCCCUUGAGGAGCCAGGAGAAAUUCAAGUUUGCUCUGAAAAAGAAAGGAAGAAAGGAAGUUUGUACUUAUAGAACACUCACUCUGGGUUAAAAAAGACUGACACUUAUUGAGCAGUGACCCCCUGGCCCAGGCGUAUUCUUGAGCACCUGACAUGUAAUCCUCACCAGGACCUCUGAGGCAGGUUGCUAUAAAAUCCAUUCGUAAGGACAAAAUUAAGGAUGAACAAGACAUGGUUCACAUCAGACGAGAGAUUGAGAUCAUGUCAUCUCUCAACCAUCCUCAUAUCAUCAGUAUUUAUGAAGUGUUUGAGAACAAAGAUAAGAUUGUGAUCAUCAUGGAAUAUGCAAGCAAAGGGGAGCUGUACGAUUACAUCAGUGAGCGGCGGCGCCUCAGUGAGAGGGAGACCCGGCACUUCUUCCGGCAGAUCGUCUCCGCCGUGCACUAUUGUCACAAGAACGGUGUGGUCCACCGGGACUUGAAGCUGGAAAAUAUACUGCUCGAUGACAACUGCAAUAUUAAGAUUGCUGACUUUGGGCUUUCCAACCUGUACCAGAAGGAUAAGUUCUUACAAACGUUUUGUGGGAGUCCACUCUAUGCAUCUCCUGAGAUUGUCAAUGGGAGACCUUACCGAGGGCCAGAGGUGGACAGCUGGGCCCUGGGCGUAUUGCUUUACACCCUUGUUUAUGGAACAAUGCCCUUCGAUGGUUUCGAUCACAAAAACCUCAUUCGGCAGAUCAGCAGUGGAGAGUACCGGGAGCCCACGCAGCCCUCAGAUGCUCGAGGACUCAUACGGUGGAUGCUGAUGGUGAACCCCGAUCGCCGGGCCACUAUUGAGGACAUUGCCAACCACUGGUGGGUGAACUGGGGCUAUAAGAGCAGCGUGUGUGACUGCGAUGCCCUCCAUGACUCUGAGUCCCCACUCCUGGCUCGGAUCAUUGACUGGCACCACCGUUCCACAGGGCUGCAGGCUGACACCGAAGCCAAAAUGAAGGGCCUGGUCAAACCCACGACCUCUGAGGUCAUGCUAGAGCGGCAGCGGUCACUGAAGAAAUCCAAGAAAGAGAAUGACUUUGCUCAGUCUGGUCUGGAUGCAGUGCCUGAAAGCCCAUCCAAGUUGAGUUCUAAGAGGCCCAAGGGGAUCCUGAAGAAGCGAAGCAACAGCGAGCAUCGCUCUCACAGCACUGGCUUCAUUGAAGGUGUAGUUGGUCCUGCCUUACCCUCUACUUUCAAGAUGGAGCAGGACUUAUGCAGGACUGGUGUGCUCCUCCCAAGCUCACCAGAGGCAGAGGUGCCGGGAAAACUCAGCCCCAAGCAGUCGGCCACGAUGCCCAAGAAAGGCAUCUUGAAAAAGACCCAGCAGAGAGAAUCAGGUUACUACUCUUCCCCAGAGCGCAGCGAGUCUUCGGAGCUGUUGGACAGUAACGAUGUGAUGGGCAGCAGCGUCCCCUCCCCCAGCCCCCCAGACCCAGCCAGGGUGACCUCCCACAGCCUCUCCUGCCGGAGGAAGGGCAUCUUGAAACACAGCAGCAAAUACUCAGCGGGCGCCAUGGACCCGGCCCUGGUCAGCCCUGAAAUGCCCACACUGGAAUCCCUGUCAGAGCCUGGUGUCCCUGCCGAGGGCCUUUCCCGGAGCUACAGCCGUCCUUCCAGUGUCAUCAGCGAUGACAGCGUGCUGUCCAGCGACUCUUUCGACUUGCUGGAUUUGCAGGAGAAUCGCCCUGCCCGCCAGCGCAUCCGCAGCUGCGUCUCUGCAGAAAACUUCCUCCAGAUCCAGGACUUUGAGGGGCUCCAGAACCGGCCCCGGCCCCAGUACCUGAAGCGGUACCGGAACCGGUUGGCAGACAGCAGCUUCUCCCUCCUCGCAGACAUGGAUGAUGUGACUCAGGUCUACAAGCAAGCGCUAGAGAUCUGCAGCAAGCUCAACUAGCACUCCAGGGCGCCGGGGGCAGGUGGGGGUACGAGGGAGGAAGGGGAGCAAGACUUGGGCUCAUAGGCUGGUUACCUCUUUGCUGGCCAUGACAACAGACUGAAAAAGGAUUGGCACUGUCUCACUUGGCCAAGUUUGCAGCCUUGAGCUAACACUUAAAAGGGAGGGGUGGGCUCUUCUGCCAGUUCUGACAACUGUCAGUCAGAAUUUGGGCCCUAUUUGGCAUUUGCUUUAUGGCACCUCCUAGAGGACCAGCUGUCCAGGAGAGGUGGUGUUGACCGGCACUCAGUGGGUAGAGAGGAAGCAUAUGGGGAGGGAACAUUUCCUUAGAAGUUAUCCAAAUGCUUCUGGAGGAGGGGCAGGAGACACUUGGGCUGUUUGCCUUGGGUGAGCCCGAAGAACUUGCCCCUUUUCUCCUUGCAUUAGCAAGCUAGGUCUGGCUGCAUGGAGCUGGCAAGUAGAUUUCAGCAACUUGAGCUUGAGUUGAUGAUCAAUUAAUAGUGGCUGCCGGUUGUGCUGGUGUGAGUGGCCCACAUCAUGGGGAAGGAGUGCUGUGAUUGACUAGUAAUGGCUACCACGGGAAAGGGAAGGGAAGCAGUAGCACUAAUGCUAUGUAGUUGUCAUCUUUGAUCUGGCUGGGCCCUCGGAAUUGGGUUUAGUCAUGCUGUGGGAUCUAUGUUAACUCUUUCAUCCACUGGUGAGGCAUUUGUUAAUUUGCUACUCAACUUUGAUGAAAGACAGGGCCUUGGUCAGAGAGAGAACACUCUGAACUCUGCUAAGGACAUAGAGUCAGCCCAUGGUGAUUUAGCUCCUUGCUGUUCACCUCCUCUUUCCUGAUGUCUGCCUUGCUCUACAGCACAACCUCUUGAGUGUGGACAGGGAGAAAGAUGAUGGUGUCAGAGGUAAAAACUAUUGUAUAUGACAGGGCACAAGAUGGUCUGUGAUCUUUGCACAGAUGAAUGGAAGUUGAUGUGCACCAACAAGAGGCAACUUGUCACUUUCUUUCUCAAUUUUAACUGGAAUGCUGCCUCUUGGGCUCUCACAUGCAUGGAUGCUUUGAGUUGGACGUGCUACUGUCCAUAGUUUCCAGAGGAUUACCUGGCUCAACCAUUGGCUCUGUUCACCAAUGACAAAUGGUUUCCCCAUCCACUGAGUGUAGCAUCCUCAGAGGUAGACAAGUUUGCUUCUAGGGAGUUAGAUGUAGGUGGGAUAUUGGGAUGAGGAAAGGAAAAUCAGGUAGACGGUGCUUUUUUCCCCCAAAUCUAAGUAUUCUAUGUCAUGGUUUUAAACUUUGACAUGAACUCCUGGGCUUUGGGGGAGAAGAAAGUUCCAUUCAUUUAAAUGAAUAAGGUGUUGAAAGAGUGCAGGGGGUUGGGAGGAAGCAUGUAAGAGAGUGAACAUUUCCUUAGAUGUCACCCAGAUGGUUCUGGGGGAGGUAGAAAAGAGGUGCGGCAGGACUCAUCUUAAAAAGUAAAAAAAAAGAAAAAGAAGAAAAAAAGAAAAAAACAUUAGAUAUGUAAUUUCUAAACACCCGGAUCACAAUGACAAGAUGCCACUCCAACCAUGGGACACCUUCAGGAUUCUAGGUUUGGACUUCCUGGUCUCUUUGGGAUGAUUUCAGAUUCUGCUGGCCAAGGCAAAUUGAACUCAUUUCAAGAUGGCCACCACUGGUAGCCAUGUAGAUAGACAGGAAGACCGGUCUUGGGAACAUCUUUGGAAAAACCAACAAAAAAUAGUUCGUAGAGAGAGAAGAAAAAAUUCACCUUACAGUGCUAAGAAAGUGCAUUAGAAUGGAAUUGCCCUUUCCUUAAGGAGACAGUUUGGUUUCUCCCCUUGCCACCGGCUCUGGUGUUUUGGCUUGUGCAUUCCUUCAGGUUGAGCUGAGCAGUGUGUUAUGGGAAGCUGCUCAGUUUCCUUUCAUUCAAUUCCACCUCCUUCCUGAACUCUAAUAGAGGUUAUAAGGGGAAAAAAAAAAAUCUGUAGAUAGCAAAUUGUGCGUGUGUGGGGGGCGGGGGGGAUGGGGGUGUGGGUGCAUGGAGGGCAACCUGCAACUCUGAGCUCCCUACUUCCUGCCUCAUUUCAUUCUGGCUUUUCUGAAUAGCCUAUGCUGCUGCCCUGCUGGCCCCUUGCGCACGGCAGCUGGCCGUGUCCUUAGCUGUCAGUAUGACUUAAAUCUAGCACCAACCUACUGGUUGAUGUCCUUUUUCCUUUUGCCAAGUGAUUGAGUCUGUUUAGUAUUUUCCAUCAUUCUAGUCUUUAAAUAAAAAUGACACUAUUGAGGAAAGUCAGUCUACUCCCUUCUUCCUCCCCCCAAACACGUGUUCUCUUUCGUCAGGAAACUCAGCCAGUGGACUGUGGCAGAGAAAAUCCUCCACUCAGAGGCAGAGACUCUGAGUUAAGUCAUAGGUGGCCUUAGGCAUCUGCAUUGUUUGUGGUGGUUAAGUUUUCCUUCCAGUGAGGGCUGGAAGGAUGAAUUAGCUGGUCCCUGAAGCCCUGCUUAGCUCUGACACUGCCAACAUCCUCUGAUUCUAGGUGUGAUGUUGACUGUCUUUUCAAGGAAAAACUUGCAAUAGAGGGAAAAGCCGUUAAAGCAGCUCCCUGCUUCAUCAUUAAGUCCUGUCAUCCCUACCAGCCAAUCCCAGUCAAAGAAGUUAUGCUUUAUUCACUUCCGUGGAAUUACAAGUGAGAGACACUUUUAGGACCUGAUGGACAAAGCAGGAGAUUCGCUGUCAGCUUUCCUGGUCCUCUCUUUGCUUCUGUGGGCCUUGCACCGUCUUAGUUUACACAUCUGCCAAAGGGGUAGAAUUACACUUCUUUUUACAGGUAAAUUUCAAGGCACGAUCAGUUUUCAGGAAGUGCUUCAAGACCCCAGGUGAAAUGAAAAUGCUAAGUACCCUCUGAAUUGCCAUCCCUGUUACCAGGUGCUGCUUCUUCAGAUGAUGGGGAGCACUUUUCAGGGUGAAAUUCAGGCGAGUUUUGCCCAGGCCUGCUGUCUUGAGUACAAAUGUGAAUGAUCGACUGACUGCUUGUUGCCAAACUGGAAAUGUUCUGUAGGGAUUUACUGGCAUGGUAUCAUUCCUAGAAGAAAAAAAGAGAGAAACUUGACUGCACAUUAAAAAAAAAAAAAAAAAAAAAAAAAAUUCCACGUUGUGACUUUUAUUUAAUUUUUUUUUUUUUUUUUUUUUGGUAAUAAAAAGUUGACUUUUUUUAUUUGAAUUUGUCUUUUUUAUUUAUUGGUCUGAAAGGCAUUUCAAAGGUAUUAUAAUAAUAUAUUGGUGUAAUUUAAUUGGUGCAACAUGCUUUAUGGCUCCUGUCAAAAUUGGUUUUCACUCAUUUGAUUGAUUUGAGCCCAGAACAGCCUACAGGGGGAAAAAAAGCUGGAUAACUACCCAAAGUGUUUGUAUUUUUAUUGGAAACUGAUUUUUGUUUCAUUUUGGUUUUUGUUUCUGUUUUUAUUUUUAAAUUAAAUAAAUUGCAAUGAACUGAA